CUGUUCGCGCUUUUUCCUAAAACAGUUUUUCAUUUUAACAGCAAAACGACUAGCGUAAUAGUGUUUAAAAAAUAGAAAAAAUUGUGAAUAAAAUGUUAAUUACUUUAAGAUUAAUAACACAAAAUACACAUUACAAACUCUGCAAUAUAGAAACAGCAAAAAAAUGUGUUUUAAAACCUACAACAAAGCGAUUUUUAACAACUUCCUCCAAGUUACUGGCAACCAGUGCGGCUAAGCCACAAACUACCCAAUUGGAAAUAAAUGGACAAUCAUACCCGGCCGAUAAUUGGUCAAAUGUUACGCCAAAAAUCUUAUCCUAUAUGGGUUUAAACAAACACUUGCAAAAGGAUCAUCCUUUGUCCAUAAUCAGACAACGUAUUGUGAAUUACUUCUAUCAGGCUUAUAAGACAUCACGUGGAAAUCCUUUAUUUUCUGUGUACGAUAAAUUGAAUCCGGUGGUUACGGUGCAGCAGAACUUUGACAAUUUAUUGAUUCCCGCUGACCAUGUUAGUCGCAACAAGUCCGAUUGUUAUUAUAUAAAUAGCCAGCAUUUGCUAAGGGCCCACACUACCGCGCAUCAAGUGGAUUUGAUAUCCUCGGGUUUGGAUAAUUUUUUGGUGGUUGGAGAAGUCUAUCGUAGAGAUGAGAUUGAUAGUACUCAUUAUCCAGUAUUCCAUCAAUUGGAUGCUGUUCGCUUAGUGACCAAAGAUAAGUUAUUUGAACGUACUCCAGAAUUGGAAAUAUUUGAAAAAGAUUGGCGUUUAUCUAGCGGCAAUAAGGCUCAAAUCAUACACUCCUCCUCUAAGUGUAUAGAUCAAUCCAAACAACCCUGCCAUACCUUAGAGGCUGUCAAACUAAUGGAACAUGAAUUGAAACAGGUUUUAUUGGGUCUAGCUCAAGAUUUGUUUGGUUCGAAAAUUAAAUAUCGCUGGGUUGAUACCUAUUUCCCCUUUACGCAACCUUCUUGGGAAUUGGAAAUCUAUUAUAAAGACAACUGGUUGGAGGUAUUGGGUUGUGGCAUUAUGAGGCAUGAGAUUUUGCAGCAAUCGGGAGCUCAAAAUUCUAUUGGUUAUGCUUUUGGUUUGGGCCUCGAACGCUUGGCUAUGGUUUUGUUUGAUAUACCCGAUAUACGUCUAUUCUGGUCUAAUGAUUCGGGAUUUUUGUCGCAAUUUAGUGAAAAAGACUUACAUAAAUUGGCGAAGUAUAAACCUGUCUCACAAUAUCCUCAAUGUAAAAAUGAUUUAUCCUUCUGGCUGCCUCAGGGAGUAGAUAUAGAAAAUGGUUUUGUAGCCAAUGAUUUUUAUGAUCUAGUAAGAUCAGUAGCGGGUGAUGUAGUAGAACAGAUAAGUUUAGUGGACAAAUUUAAACAUCCUAAAAAAGGAUUAACCAGUGUUUGCUUCCGCAUAGUCUAUCGUCAUAUGGAACGUACUCUUACUCAAGCCGAAGUUAAUAAAAUACACAAACGUAUAGCUGAUGCCUGUGUGGAGCAAUUUAAGGUACAGAUACGUUAAGUUGUAGUUAGUUUGUUGUAUGUGAUAAAAUUUUCUUAAGUCAUUUGAGAACAAGUGUUUGAAACAAACGAGUUUUUGUUAUAAAGUCGAAAAAGUGUUAAGUUUUAUUGAUGA